ACUGGACCCUACCCAAAAUAUGGAUUAGAGUAAGAGUGGCUGCACUAGUCCACUACGUUUUAAAUAACUCGCGGAUCGGAAUAAUCCCUUGCUCGUCCCUUCAUGUACAGUCAAUGUAUCGUGCGUGGUGUAUUUAUUAUGUAAAUGUUAUAAACUGCGGAUCAUGGUAUGGCAACCCUGCUCCUGUCAAAGUAGUCACAAAAGUCAAUGCUAUGCUAUUCGUUUAUUAGAAGAAACAGCGGAAUAUUUAAAUUAAAUAAUAAUUGUAUGUUUCCUUUCAUUAAUUAAUCCAGAAUAUGAAUUGAAAAAAAAAAUAGUUCAAAUUGUAAAAUGAAUUAUUUAGUACUGUUUAUUUUAUUUAUACCUGUGGUGUUCUGUGAAAAUGAAGAAAACACUCCACCCUUUCCUGAUGACUUCAAAUGUUCUUUGCCAGAUGUUAAAAGUGUUGACGACAAUCUUGAUCUAACAAGAUUCAGGUCAGAUUUUUCUAAGAUUUCUGAGGUGAAAUUUCCUGGCUUAAUUGGUCCAUUAAAUGAGCGUUUAAUUUGUAAAAUUAAGUGCAUCGACGGCAAUUGGGUUGGACCUCUCUGUUCUAACACACCAGAUGGCCGGUUCCAGCCAAUACUAAGGGAAUGUGUGUAUCGUAAUGACCACCCAUUGCUUGCAAUAUCAUUCAAAAAUUCUUCUAUAGAUAAACACACAUCAUUUCCCCAUGGCUCAUUGAUCACUGCCCGAUGCAAGCAUUUUGGACACUAUAAAAUGAAAGGGGAUGGUUUAUUGCAUUGUGAAAAUGGAGAGUGGAAACCUAAACUGCCUGAAUGUGUGCCAACUACAGUCAUAACAAAUUUCACAGGUGAUGCACCACCAACAAUCCAGUAUACUGUGGUCAGUGGAUCUGCUGUAGUGGACCCUUCAGGAGAGCUGUUGGUGUUUCCUGAUAGCACUUUGCGGCUUGAUUGCAUCUCACCUCGUGCACUUGGUGACCCUGAGUGGAGCUGGACUCAGGCCCUUGGACAUCAUAGUGCAGCUUGGUCCUUGGACGAGGGCGAGACAGCCGAGACAGAGACGCACUACCGCGUGACGCUGAACAAGAUGUCUGCACGUCACAGCGACCAGUACACUUGCACCUCGCCUGGGGGACACACCAACACCAUCACAAUUAAAGUUGUUAGCGUGACUUGCCCACCACUGAAUGCAUCAACGCAGCAUCUACGUCAAUUCGCGCAGGGCUCCAGGCUCGGUCACGCCGCACAUUUCAGCUGUCAACCCGGUUACCAUCUCAAUGGCUCUGCGCUUCUGACUUGCAUGGGCGACGGAAGGUGGUCAGCGCCGCCGCCGACGUGUGUGGAGACAUUCUGUCCAGUGCUGGGUUCGUUGGGGCCUCACUUGAGUGUUGUGGAGUAUAACUCGUCGUUCGGCGGGCGCGCCGUGUUCCAAUGCUCUUGGGGCUAUCGACUGGUGGGGCCGCCAGGGCUCGAGUGCGAACAGGACGGCACCUGGUCUGGAGCUAUACCAACCUGCACUCCUAUCUACUGCCCAGACCCUAUCGUCCCAGAGGAUGGCCGUUUGGUAUCUGGGAUGACAACUAAAGACAAGCACCCAGUGGGAGACCUAAUAAUAUAUGCGUGCGAUGAAGGUUAUGAAAUUGUUGGCGAAUCAUCCAUCGUAUGCACUGAGACCGGUUUCUGGUCCCACCCUCCCCCUUUCUGUUUCCUUCCUUCAGAAAUCCGGAAAACAGACACUAUUUAUGUGGAGAACACUACUCUUGUGUAUUUCGAGGAGUAAGUAAGUAGCAAGUAAUCAUAAGAAUUAUGUAUACCUAAUUGUGCCAUUUUAUAUAUAAUUUAGAGAAGUUUAUUCUUCAUGUAUUCAAAUCUAGUCUGUUAUGGUUGCUUACCUAAUACCUACUAUUUAUUUAAUAUUAAGUAUAAUCCAAUCAAUGUUGUAUUAUGCUAAGUCGCUGUGCGAAUUCACAAAGUAUAAUUAUUUUAUACAUAAUUUACGGCCUGCCUGAUCUUGACGCAUCAAAACUAGAUUUAAUAAAACAGUCCGUUUACGCGUAGUAGAAUUUUGUGGAAUAUGCUAUUGGAUAGUACAGGUGCGAAUUUAUUUCAAAUACGAUACGAUCAAAAGUUUCGAAUUCAUUUUACGACACGAGAGAUUUUGUCUAUUUACUGUUGCUUAAAUGUUUCGUCUAAAGAGUUUUAGCUCCAGCUGUUAACUCUUAACACUUUCCCUAAAUGUUUACAUCACUUCACUCAGUCAUAGCGCCUGGCGCAGAACUGUGAAGGCGAAAGUCGGACGAGACAGUGUUUUUUAGAAAUAGUCCGAAACUUGAUCCUUCGUAAUGACCUUUCAACUUUGCAGAUACUCCAGAGGGUAUCAGAGAAUUGGUGACAGAUCACAUUGGUGGCAGCAGUCUGCUUCUUUUUGUCCGAAUCCCAUGCUAAGCAAUACGUUUACAAAGCAGGAGUUUUAACAGCUCGGAGAUUGUUUCCUUCGGAUUAGUCUCCAAACAUAAUUGAUGUCAUCUUCGUAACCUUCUGGUUGUUUGUAUGAGGUGUAAGUUUUCUUGUGCGCUGACACUUAAAAGAGCUCUUAUUUGUAGCUAGUCGGGCCAUAUGACUGAACGUUUGGUCGUAAUCUUGUCCUUUUCAUUGUUUAUAGCCAUUUUCUACAAGGCGCGCUUUGUACUUGUUGAUUGUACUAUCAGGAUUCUUCUUGAUGUGUAGAACCCAUUUGCAAGGUAGAGCCUCUCUAUUAAUGUUGUGUAUUGUUUUUAAGUUAAGUUAUUGACUGGAUGGAUGUCGCAUAGGGUCGAGUAUUGUGGAAGAACUUGGGGGAGACCUUUGCCCAGCAGUGGGAUCGAAUAGGCUAAUGAUAAUAAUAAGUUAUUGAUAAGUAAACAUAAGUACCUUAAUGAUGGGAUUUAGAUCUAACUAUAUGCGAGCCCAUAUAGGGUUGUGAUAGCUAAACAAGCUAAUAUAUAAAAGUCAUCUCCUCAUACAAACCGUAUCAGCAAAUCGCGUAUUUAGUAUGGGAGACCAACAUUUUUUUAUAAUACCUAUUUCGACCCAUGUUCCUUGGAAAAAUUGUUUAGUUUCAUGGCCGCUGCCGCUCAUUUUUUUACACCCUGUAGAUAUAUUCCCCCAAAC